UCAUCAGUUAAAGUAAGAGAGGAUUUGGAAAAAGGGAUAACUUUGAGAUCAUGGGGGAAGUAGUGGUUGCUAAAAAAGUGGUUUUUCUUGAAAAUGGACUCAAAAGCUGGGAAACAAAAGAAGAGAAGUGUUGACUCGGAUGAUGUCUCUAGCGAAAGGAGACCAAAGCGAGCAGCAGCAUGCACAAACUUCAAGGAGAAACCUCUCCGUAUCUCUGAGAAAUCUGUAACUGUUGAAGCCAAGAAAGAGCAGAUCGUGGCGGAGGAGAUCGUGGCGAUAAAGUUAACUUCUUCUUUGGAGAGGAAUGAUGAUCAACCUCGUCCAAACCGGAGGCUAACUGAUUUUGUUUUACUUGAUUCAGACGGAGUUCAACAGCCUGUGGAGAUGUUGGAACUUGGUGACAUAUUUAUUGAAGGUGUUGUCUUACCUUUAGGUGAUGAGAAAAAGGAAGAGAAGGGUGUGCGGUUUCAAUCUUUUGGUCGAGUAGAGAACUGGAAUAUAUCCGGGUAUGAAGAUGGUUCCCCGGUGAUAUGGAUCUCAACCGCGUUAGCCGAUUACGAUUGUCGUAAACCGGCAAGUAGCUACAAGAAGAUGUACGAUUAUUUCUUUGAGAAAGCUUGUGCUUGUGUGGCGGUAUAUACGAACUUGUCCAAGAAUCCUGAUACAAGUCUUGAUGAGCUUCUUGCGGCGGUUGUUAGGUCGAUGAUCGGAAACAAGUUCUUUUCUAGCGGUGCAGCCAUCCAAGAGUUUGUUAUAUCCCAAGGAGAAUUCAUAUAUAACCAACUCGCUGGUUUGGAUGAGACAGCCAAUAAUCAUGACACAAGCUUUGUUGAGAAUCCUGUUCUUGUGUCUCUAAGAGAUCAUGGUAGUAGUAAACUUCACAAGGCUUUGUCUAAUGUGGCUCUGGGGAUUGAUGAGAGCAAGGCCGUGACAUCUGCUCAACUAAUGGAUGGUGCCGAGGACGAGGACGAGGACGUAAAAUAUGCUAAGCUAAUCCAAGAAGAAGAGUACCGGAUAUCUAUGGAGCGGGAGAGAAAUAAGAGAAGCUCAACAACUUCUGCUUCAAAGAAGUUUUACAUUAAGAUCAAUGAAGAUGAGAUUGCCCAUGAUUAUCCUCUCCCAUCUUACUACAAGAACACCAAAGAGGAGACAGAUGAGCUUUUACUAUUUGAAGCUGGCUAUGAGGUUGAUGCAAGGGACCUACCUUACAAAACUCUUCACAAUUGGGCACUGUACAACUCUGAUUCACGUUUCAUAUCUCUCGAGCUUCUCCCGAUGAAGCAAUGUGAUGAUAUCGAUGUCACCGUCUUUGGGUCAGGUGUGGUGGCUGAAGAUGAUGGAAGCGGGUUUUGUCUCGAUGAUUCUGAGAGUUCUACGCAGUCACAUGAUCCUGAUGGGAUGAACAUAUUCCUUAGUCAGAUAAAGGAAUGGGUGAUUGAGUUUGGGGCAGAAAUGGUCUUUGUUACAUUACGAACAGAUAUGGCCUGGUAUCGACUUGGGAAACCAUCAAAGCAAUAUGCUCCUUGGUUUGCAACUGUUAUGAAAACAAUAAGGGUUGCGAUAAGCAUCUUCAAUAUGCUCAUGAUGGAAAGUAGGGUUGCUAAGCUUUCAUAUGCAGAUGUCAUAAAAAGACUCUGUGGGUUAGAGGAGAAUGAUAAAGCUUACAUUUCUUCUGAUAUAUUGGAUGUUGAGAGAUAUGUGGUCGUCCAUGGACAGAUUAUCUUGCAGCUUUUCGAAGAGUAUCCCGACAAGGAUAUCAAAAGGUGUCCGUUUGUUACUGGUCUUGCAAGUAGAAUGCAGGAUAAACACCACACAAAAUGGAUCAUCAAGCAGAAGAAAUUUUUGCAAAAGGGAAUGAAUCUAAAUCCGAGGAGAGGCAUGGCACCUGUGGUAUCCAGAAUGAAAGCUAUGCAAGCAACGACAACUCGCCUCGUCAAUAGAGUUUGGGGAGAGUUUUACUCCAUUUACUCUCCGGAGGAUUCAUUGGAGGCGAUUGAUGAAAAUGUGGAAGAAGAGGAGCUUGAAGAGGUUGAAGAGGAGGACGAAGAUGAGGAAGAUGAUACAGAGGAGAAUGGACUAGAAGCUGUUGAGGUUCAGAAGUCUCACACUCCUAAGAAAAGUAAAGCUAGUUCUGAAGAAAUGGAAGUAGAAUGGGAUGGUUUAGUUCUUGGAAAAACUUCUGCUGGUGAGCCUCUAUAUGGAAGAGCCCUUGUUGGAGGGGAUGUGGUGGCGGUAGGUAGUGCUGUCAUCUUAGAAGUUGAUGAUCCAGAUGAAACUUCGGCGAUUUAUUUUGUGGAGUUUAUGUUCGAAAGUUUAGAUCACUUCAAGAUGCUACAUGGUAAAUUUUUGCAAAGAGGAUCAGAGACUGUUCUUGGGAAUGCUGCAAACGAGAGGGAGCUAUUCUUGACUAAUGAAUGCAUUACUGUUCAGCUUAAAGACAUAAAAGGAACAGUUAGUCUCGAGAUUCGAUCAAGGCCGUGGGGGCAUCGGUAUAGGAAAGAGAACAUUGUUGUGGAUAAGCUUGACCGGGCAAGGGCAGAAGAAAGAAAAGCUAAAGAUUUGCCAACAGAAUACUACUGCAAAAUCUUGUACUCACCUGAGAGAGGUGGAUUCUUUAGUCUUCCAAGAAGUGAUAUGGGUCUUGGUUCUGGAUUCUGUAGUUCAUGUAAGAUAAGAGAGGAUGAAGAGGAAAGGCCCGAGGAUAUCUCUGCAGAGAAGGCCUAUGCUUCAGACAUCCAAGAGGUGUAUUAUAGCGAGGACACAUAUGUUCUCCCUCCAGAGGCUAUAAAGGGAAAAUGUGAAGUAAGGAAGAAAAUUGAUAUGCCCUUAUGCCAUGAAUAUCCAAUACUAGACCAUAUCUUCUUCUGUGAACUUUUCUAUGACUCCUCCAAUGGUUAUCUCAAGCAGUUGCCUUCCAAUACGAAGCUGAAAUUCUCUACUAUUAAAGACGACAAACUUCUAAGAGAAAAGAAGGGGAAAGGAGUAGAGAGUGAAACUAACUCUGUGAUGAUUGUGAAGCCUGAUGAGGUACCUAAAGAUAUGCGUCUAGCUACACUCGAUAUUUUUGCUGGAUGUGGUGGCCUGUCUUAUGGACUAGAAAAGGCGGGUGCAUCGGAUACCAAGUGGGCGAUCGAGUAUGAAGAGCCAGCUGGGCAAGCUUUUAAACGAAACCAUCCUGACGCAACGGUUUUUGUUGACAACUGCAAUGUGAUUCUUAGGGCUAUAAUGGAGAAAUGUGGAGAUGUCGAUGAUUGUAUCUCUACUACGGAGGCAGCUGAACUUGCAGCUAAACUUGAUGAGAACCAGAAGAGUACUCUGCCUUUGCCUGGUCGAGUGGAUUUCAUCAACGGAGGGCCUCCAUGCCAAGGGUUUUCUGGUAUGAACAGGUUCAGUGACCGCUCUUGGAGUAAAGUCCAAUGUGAAAUGAUAUUAGCAUUCUUGUCUUUUGCUGAUUAUUUCCGGCCAAAGUAUUUUCUUCUCGAGAACGUGAAGAAAAUUGUAUCUUUCAAUAACGGGCAAACAUUUCAACUUACUCUCGCUUCUCUUCUUGAAAUGGGUUACCAGGUAAGAUUUGGACUCUUGGAAGCAGGAGCAUAUGGAAUAUCCCAACCUCGUAAAAGAGCUUUCAUUUGGGCAGCUGCACCAAACGAAGUUCUUCCAGAAUGGCCUGAACCGAUGCAUGUCUUUAAUAAUCCGGGUUUUAAAAUAUCACUAUCUCGAGGUUUACAUUAUGCGGCUGUUCAAAAUACUAAAUUUGGUGCACCUUUCCGUUCAAUUACGGUGAGAGACACAAUUGGCGAUCUUCCACCAGUAGAAAACGGAGAAUCUGAGAUAAAUAAAAAGUAUGAAGAUGUUCCAGUUUCAUGGUUCCAAAAGGAGAUUAGAGGAAACGUGACUGUUCUCACUGAUCAUAUUUGUAAGAAGAUGAACGAACUAAAUCUCAUUCGCUGUAAGAAAGUCCCCAAGAGGCCGGGUGCGUACUGGCGUGACCUGCCGGACGAAAACGUGAAAUUAUCAAAUGGGCUUGUGGAAAAAUUGAUUCCAAUUGCUAUGUCAAACAAAGCUAAGGAGCCAAACCGUUAUAAAGGACUCUAUGGUAGAUUGGACUGGCAAGGCAACUUUCCCACUUCCAUCACCGAUCCCCAGCCCAUGGGUUUUGUGGGAAUGUGCUUCCAUCCUGAACAUGACAGAAUAAUCACUAUCCGUGAAUGCGCCCGAUCUCAGGGGUUUCCGGAUAGCUAUGAGUUUUCAGGGAAGAAAAAAGACAAACAUAGGCAGAUUGGGAAUGCAGUCCCUCCACCAUUGGCGUUUGCUCUCGGUCGGAAGCUCAAAGAAGUCAUACAUCUGAAGUAGUGAUGUUAUCAUGGAUCAAAGUUUAAAUAAAGCAGCAUCUUUUCA